GGAAGUGGAGACUGAGAGAGAGAACAAGGGAUUCGAUCCAAUCCAACAUCACUUCUACUACUUCAUGGCGUCUCUCUUUCAGAAAUUUCAACAGUUUGUGGGAACGCUUGCCAAAAGUCCGACAUUUGCAAAAGAACCAAGACGCCUUCAAUUUGAAGCAGACAUAAAUCGUCUCUUUCUCUAUACCAGCUACAACCGUGUGGGGAAGGAUGCUGAAGAAGCAGAUGUAGAGGAGAUAAUUAACAUGGCAAGUAAGGCUGAAUUAGCAGACCAAGAAAGGCAGGUCCAAGAAAACAUCCAUUCUCAGAUUACAAACUUCUGCACAUCGAUGGAUGAAAUUCUUCUUCCUGACAUAAAGGCCCAUGAUGAGGCACUUGAAUCAUCUCAAAAGAAUACAACUCCUCGCCAGAGUGGCCUUAGUCUUGCCAUUGGUAGGACUGCUUCAGCGAGCAUGGAUCUUGCUAUUCCGGAGACAAAACCGUUGACAUUUGCAGAGUUAUCCCAAAGGUUGAAAGAGCUCAUGGGUUAUACCCUCGAGCUCAAACCGUCUCAAAUUCCCCAUGAACAAGCCGGCCGAGGUUUGUUCGUAGACGGUGAAGCAGAUGUUGGCUCUGUGAUAGCACUCUACCCGGGUGUGAUAUACUCUCCAGCAUAUUACCGUUAUAUCCCUGGAUAUCCAAGAGUUGAUGCACAAAAUCCUUAUCUUAAUACUAGAUACGAUGGAACAGUAAUUAAUGCUCAACCUUGGGGCACCGGUGGUGAAGCCAGGGAACCAUGGGGCCAGUCUAGAGUAUAUCAGUCUAACCCUGGUUCACAACCCUCUGAAACUGGCUCAGACCGGGUCUGGAAGAUGUUAAGCAAACCAUUGGAAGGGUCAAGGUUAGGGUGCAACGGUGAGGUAUUGGAGAGAAGAAACCCUUUAGCUUUAGGUCAUUUCGCGAACCACCCAACAAUGGGUAUGGAUCCUAAUGUUAUGGUUUGUCCCUAUGAUUUUCCUUUGUCGGAAAAGGGUAUGAGAGCAUAUAUCCCAAAUAUAGUUUUUGGGGGUACGGGGGACGUUAAGAUGAAGAGGUUUGGGAGUUUUUGGUUUAAAUCCGGGGGGGAAUCAAGCGAUGGUCAAAUGAAAGGGCCGGUUAUGAAGAGUAUUGCACUUGUAGCCACUAGGUCCCUUUGUAACGAAGAAGUUUACUUGAACUACAGAUUGAGCAAUUCGAAGAGACGGCCUUUGUGGUAUACGCCCGUGGAUGAGGAAGAGGACCGAAGAAGAUGGAGCUAAGUGCCAAUCGGGUGUUUUUAAUAAGCUAUUGAGAAUGAGAGGUAGCAGUUUUGAUAGGGAAAUAUUUAGAACCCAGAAGCAGAACAUUAUGGAUUGGAUUUUGAUGUUUAUGUAAGAGGAAGGUAGGGUGGUGUUGAUUCACUUUGUGAAAAAUAUCAAGGAUCUUUCAUGAGUGGAGUAACCGGUGCUCGAACUCGACUUGAGAAUUUGAUAUCAUGCUCGAGCUAACGAUUUUUCAAAAUAGUGUUUGAGCUCGAGUUCGGAUAUUUUUUUAAUGUUCGAGCUUGUGAGAUCGAUGUUUGUUUAAUAAAUUUGAGUUAUAUAUCUAAACAUU